GCUUUGGCCGUAUCCACUUGGUAUUUCACGCGAGACAAGGGUACGAUUGGAAGUGGUACUCUAUGUAAGGCUGUGGGCAUCACGGGGCUCUAUCAUCUCGGGACAGCCGCAUUCGGUUCUUUGGUCAUCGCUGUUGUCGAAGCAAUCCGAUCAAUUAUCGCCUACAUACAAAAGAUACUCAAGCGUUCAGAGAAUAAGGUCGCACAGUACCUUCUCUGUUGUUGUCAGUGUGGCUUUUGGUGUCUGGAAAAGAUUUUGAAAUUUGUUAACAAAAACGCCUACAUUCAAACCGCUGUGAAUGGGACCUCUUUCUGCACCUCUGGGAA